AUGUCGCAUCCAGGCGCUGGACCCAGCCCGUUCCGGGCACACUUGCCCGAUCUCCAGAUUAACAGGUUCACUACCAUGAAGAAGCAGGAUCCCUAUGAGUACGCAAGGGCGUUCAAAGAGAAUGGCACUCCUCCGUGGCUUCAUGGUCUGUAUCUACACUGGCGCAAGUUGCUCUCUGAGCCAUUCAAGGGUGUCACCAAUGAUGGCCAUGUCAAACCAGAUAUUUUUAAACUUGAAGAUCAAGGCAUUCCAAUUGAGGAUAUUGUCGAUGCGACCAAGCUAGCUCUAUCAAAAAUGAGCUUUGAACAGAGAAACCGUUCAACCUAUCACAUCGACUCUCCAGAAUGGCGUACAUGGUCUAAUCCCGAAUUCCUGCUCACUGAUAAGGGCGUCAGGCUAGACGAAACGAACGAGGAAUUACAAACUGCCGUCAUGCAAGUUUUGAAGACUUCUUUAUCUCCCGAAGGCUAUGAGAAGGCAGUCUCGACCAUGCGCAUCAACGGCUUCCUGGGCGAGCUAGUCGAAGCGCCCGCCAUCAUGAAUGAGUUUUCUUACAACUUUGUCUUGUUUGGCGCGGAGCCAUCUACCACUGAGCCCUGGGGGUUCUCCUUCUACGGACAUCACCUAUGUCUUAAUGCCUUCUUCUAUAAAAAGCAGAUCAUUCUUUCGCCGUGGUUCACUGGUGCCGAACCCAACCUGAUUGACCACGGAAAGUUCAGCGGAACCAGAAUCUUGCAACGAGAAGAAACUCUCGGUUUGCAGCUCAUGCAAAUUCUGCCUCCAGAUAUCCAAUCUCUAGCUCAAGUAUACAAGGAGAUGAAAGACCCGGCGAUGCCCUAUGGGCGCUGGAACCACGAUGACCAGAGGCAUCUUUGCGGAGCCUAUCGCGACAAUCGUGUGGUGCCUUACGAAGGCGUUCUCGUUUCCAAAUUAUCAGCAGCUCAGCAAGAUAUUGUAACCGAAAUCCUGCGAGAAUAUCUUUUAUACCUGCCACAAAGGGCCCGAGAUAUUCAGCUAGCCGAGAUAAAGCGCUGGUUCCAUGAGACGUAUUUUUGCUGGAUUGGUGGGUUUAAGGACGAGGAUCCUUUCUACUACCGCAUUCAGAGCCCUGUCGUUAUUGUUGAGUUUGAUCAUCACUCGGGGGUGUUCUUGACGAAUAAGGAGCCAGCCAAGUUUCACAUCCACACCUUACUCAGGACCCCUAAUGCCGGAGACUAUGGAAUGGCACUGCGGAAUCAGAUUCCAGGAAUGACGCAGGAGUUUUUGUGGGAAGGAUGA